GCAGUGUUGCUCUGUGAGUCGGCGUCUACGCCCACUUUGGUGUGCUGCUGCUCAUUUUUCUGCGGGAAAGGUUCAUCGCAGGCAGGAAGGGAAGCAAGCAAGCAGGCAGCCAGAGAAGGGAGGAAGAGCACAGGAGCGGCCGAGUAUCAUUAGCGACAUACAGCGUGUCAGACAAAUGAUGGUGCCUCGCUGAAAAAUAGACCAGGCCGGGUUUCUUCGCUUUGAAGCCACAAAGCCUGACGCGUAGAGCCUAAACCACCCCGCCUGGAAUGGGAUUUGUAUGACUUGACUGAUUUUCCGGUGGUCCUUUCCUUGUUGCCAACCUGCAGAGGAAAUCGACGGGAGUUCUUCGCCGCCUGGUGCCUCGACGCUGCCGCAGAGAUCGACACCCCCACAACAGCUCGGAUCGUUAAAGCCCUCCACUGCACCUGGAUACAUUGGAGCCGCUGAGUGUUGUGUAUAUAGCUAAAUAACGCAAACGUGCCGCUGUGUGCUUUUUUGCUGCCUGUAUAAUGCCGACACAUUUGCGUUUCCGGAGAAGGUCAUACCUUGGGCUUUUAUUCCUGUUCUCGCUCUCAACAUCGGCACUCUAUUUCAUCUACUCCGCUCCUGGAAUAGUGAAUGAGUAUGUGUUCAUGGUCCAAGCCAGAGGGAUCCAGAUCAGAGAAAAUGUGAAGAACAUUGGAGCUCAGGUCCUGGAACAGGUGGUGAGAGGUGCCUACAGCAUCAAUGGCACAGAUUACUCUUAUGACUUCAACAUGAGCGAAAGUGAUUCUCCUCCCACUACAUACCUCCCUGAGGGCUUCACGUAUCUUUCCUCACAAGUUUGCCCCGAGAGGCUGCCCUCUAUGAAAGGCAGAUUGGAGGUGAAUAUGAGUGAAGUGUCAUUGGAGGAUGUGGAAAGAUCACUGCUGGGGCAAGACUCGACCAUGGCCCCGGGAGGCUACUGGAAGCCCAAAGACUGUUUACCCCGCUGGAAGGUGGCAAUCUUAGUCCCAUUCAGGAAUCGACAUGAGCACUUGCCCAUCCUCUUGAGACAUCUGGUUCCAGUGCUGCAGAAACAGAGGCUUCAAUUUGGCUUUUAUGUUAUUGAGCAGGCUGGCAUGGAGCCAUUUAACAGAGCCAUGUUGUUCAACGUGGGCUACAAGGAGGCCAUGAAGGACCUGCACUGGGACUGUCUCAUCUUCCAUGAUGUAGACCACCUCAUGGAGAAUGGCAGGAACUACUAUGGCUGCACGGACAUGCCCAGACACUUUGCGGUCAAGCUUGACAAGUACUCCUACAUGCUUCCGUAUAAUGAGUUCUUUGGCGGUGUCAGCGGCAUGACGGUGAGACAGUUCCAAAAGAUUAAUGGAUUUCCUAAUGCGUUCUGGGGCUGGGGAGGAGAAGACGAUGACCUUUGGAACAGGGUGCUGUAUGCCAAUUACACCGUAAGCAGACCACAUGGAGAGCAGGGGCGCUACAUGUCCAUUCCACACCACCAUCGCGGAGAGGUCCAGUUCCUGGGAAGGUAUAGUCUGCUCCGCCACUCAAAAGAGAGGCAGAGAGUGGAUGGUCUGAACAACUUAAACUACUCCCCCCUGGUGUCCAGGAGGCCUCUCUACACCAACAUCACAGUCAGCUUGAGCAGAAAUCUUGCACCUGUAGCCGACUACUGAUGUAGGCAUAGCUGGACUGAGAACCACCUGGGAAUCAAAAGUCCUCUGGGACAUCAGCCAUAUCUCACCAGUUGCGGCACUGCUGAAAAGCGUUUUAUUUGAUUCUUGCUUUAUUUCUUUUGUGGGUAUGCAAAAAAAAAAAAAGAAAAAGGAGACUCAAAAUGCUCCAAAAAUGUGUUGGAUAAAUCAUACAAGAUGAUAGGGAAAAAUGCUGCACUUGUUUGUGCCACAGUCCAUCACUCCACUCAUCUGGGCUUAUCUAGUCUUCAGUGUCCACAUGCCUUUUGCACCAUUUUGGCCUUCAGCAUCCAUCAAUUCAUUAAUUUCCCUCAUUGAGUCAGCGGAUAACUUAUCCUCGUAAUUUAAUUUACAUAAGUUUAAUCAAAUAGGCCGUGAAACUCACUUGCCACUCAUGCACGCACGCAGCAGUUUGGAUUCGCAAGGUGAUGAUGAUGACGACGUGUUCUCUUUUUUUGCUGUUGCACUUCUUACACAAAUGCAGUAGUCCUGUGAAAAAAACGUGCAUGUGUACACACACACACACACACACACACACACACACACACACAACCCUUUUACCGUGUGGACGCUUGCAGCUGGUUCUGCAAAGGGUAUGCCAAAAUCUACAGGUGAAGAGAACAAGAGAAAAUUCUAUGAAGAGUGAGUUUUCAGUCAUCUAUAUGUGGGAUAGUUUAUGCUAAAUUUAGAGUAUAUUAAUACCUUGCUAAUUUCUUACAACUAUAGUUUACCCUGUGAAGAUACCAUUGGAAGACUGUGAUCUUUGUGUGUGCGUUGUUGCUUUGGUUGUACCUGGCUGCCAGCGAGUGGCUGUGUGGGGGAAGAGCAUCGCUCAUCCUGUUAGCAAUAAACUGCAAAAUCACACAGAUGAAUUUUGACCCGACUGCCUCACGAUACAGAUGCAAUAGCACAGGUGCUAGAAUAUGCUCGCAUAGGACAGAGAGGGAGGGGCUGCGUAUGCAAACGUUGCAUUCGUCGCACCCAUCCCUAAGUCAACAUGCCACCCAAUGAAGAACAAUGUCUUCUCAGAACCUCUCCAUGGUCGUGUGCAUGUCUGUGAGUAUGUUAGUGAGAGCCAAUGCAAAUGGCUUUAAUGAAGCAUGUUGUCAUGUCAUCAGAAUCAGAGUGACGGGAUUGACUUAUGACCCCACUUUGUGUGCGGUGUGUAAUCACAGACCAGGGAAUAAGAAACUUUUUUUUAUGUUUAAUCACCUCCAUUAUCAUACGUGUGAACUGGAGGUAUAGUACUUGAUUGCUGUCACUGUCCAGAUGGUGUUUACUGAAGCUUUGGAUUUGUUGUUUGUGGGAUCGCAUCGUGUUUAUAACUCCGUUAGCUGGCCCCCCUUCACUGCGGGGUGCUGUGAAUACUGUAUCUCUAACAAUCUACUGUAUUGCUGGCUGCCUUUUUAUUUUUAUUUUUUUUUAACUAAAAUCCCUUCCGUUUACUAAUAUAUGUUCACACCUGACUAUUCAUCAACAUUUACAGACGAUUUAGCUUUGCGUUUACCUCCGGAAAACAUUUAAUGUGAGUUUUUCUUGUUUGUUGGGUGGCGUGCAGUCUGACAUUGUGCACUGACACUGGCUGAUGCUCUAAUGGUACACAGCAGUCAAAUAAUUGCCCUUCUUUGAUUAUGUGUGCUUUAAUUUGACCAUCCCAACCUGAAUGUGUGGCUCCUAUAAUCAAAAAAAGGAAAAAAAAUGCAGACACACCUCCCCAAUGUUCCCCAGUCACACAGCUACUCCAUUUCACACAAAUCGCCUUGUAUGCAUUUCUUAAGAUGUAUGUUUUUUGUGUGGGGGGGGCGAAUUACUGUUGUGUUUCCACUGUGAGGCUGGACCUCUUAUUUAUUUGAUCUUUUAUUAAUUAUUUUCUGUAAUUGUUGCCGUUUUUUGGGGUGUUUUUUUCAAAUAUUUUGCAGUUGAUGCAACAACAUAGGAGCUGAAGUAUGACAGGCUGUGUUAGAUGCACUGAAUCUUGUAGUCAUGUGUAUUUGUGUGGGGGUUGUACGGUUCACAUCUGUGUUCAAACCUGGGAACCGUUUCAUUUCAUGCAGAUGGAAUGUCUGCUGAAAUGGACCAGGACCCGUUUCGGAUGAGUGUAUGUUAAUCUGCACAGCAGACACGUCUGAGGACGCCAUUUUGUGUGACAACCGCUGGAAGAGCAAGAGAGCAAAUUGAAUGUAAGCUGUCCAAGUUUUUCAUUGAGCACCUCCUUUUAAACGAAGUGAUAAUCAAUGGUGCUGACCUUUAGAGAGAUCCCUUCCAGGAAGUCUUCUGUGUCCUUACUGGAACAAAUUCUAAGAACAUGUGACCACUAUCAACAGGCGAAUCAUCCCUGUAACAUAAUUCCAACUGAUAUAUAUCCGCAAGAACACAUUUUUGUUUUUUGCCGUGGAAAAGAGGACACUCGUACAUGCUUGUCAUUGGACAGUGACAAUGUGACAUGUUUGAGCUGGCCAAUUGGAGACAUCUUUCCCUCUGCUAAAGCAUCAGUAGACUGUUGGUUCUGGUUCAGUGUGACAAGCAGAAGCACAUUUUUGUCUUCUAUCCAAAUGCUAAGGAGGUGCCCAAUGACGCUCCUGGACAGUCGCAGCAUUUGUGUAAAGCAGGGGUGUCCAAAGUGCGGCCCGGGGCCACGGCUGUUUUUUUACGGAACGUCCCUAAAAAUAUAAUUAAACAAGAAAACAAAACAAAAAAAAACCCUGAAAAAAUGUAAAAAUCUGCAGUAAUUUUACGAGAAUUAAUUCAAAAUGUUAAGUGAAAAGUGUGAUUUAACAAAGUCAUAAUUUUGCAAGGAUGACAUAAUAAUGUGAGGAAAAAUAACGUAAUUUUAAUGAAAACGUUGUAAUAUCAAAGACAAAAGAUGUUUUUAAGUCGUGACAUGAGAAACAAAACAAAGUUGUAAUUUUUGGAAAAUUAGGUUAUAGAAAAAGUUAUAACAUUACGAGAAUAAAGUGAAAAUGUGUGGAAAAAAGUCGUAAUUACAAGAAGAAAGUUUAAAUAAGUGGGGGGGAAAAAACAGCAGAAAUGGCAAAAAUAACUAAUUAGACAAGAAUAAAGUCAAAAUAUGACUUGUAUUCUAAUGAGAGAAAAAAGUCGCAAUAUUAUGAGAUUUUAAACUCAUGAAGAAAAAAUAAUAUAAUUUUAGUAGCAUACAGUCACAGUAAAAUCUUAAAGAAAAUAUUUUCAUAUAUAUAUAUAUAUAUAUAGUAUAAGAAGGAAAACGAAAUAAAAGUUAAUUUUUGGAAAAUUAGGUUGGGAAAAAAAAGCUAACAUUAUGGGAAUAAAGUCAUUAUAUGAAAAGAAAAUGUCCUAAUAUUUAAGAAGAAAGAUAUAUUUGGAAAAUUAAAAAAAAUAAUAACAAAAAUCAAAGAGCAAUGUUGGUACUAAUAAUAUGGUUUUUUACCUACAGUAUAUGACAAAACUGUUUUUGGCAGUUUUUCUUUGUAGUACCAUAUAUAUAACUUCUUUGCAAUCUGUUGUUUUACAAAAUAUCAAAGUGACCCCUUGCAUGUUUUCAUUUAUCAGCAUGUGGCCCUCGGUGGAAAAAGUUUGGACACCCCUGGUGUAAAGCAUCAAACGUUUCUUCAUGCGUGUUUGAGUGAAAUGGCUCAACCCUCCAGAAGUGCAACCGAAGUGCAACCUCACUCCAGACUGAUAUGAGCUUGUAGAGUUUUAUUUUCCUGCACUGGUCAUGUUUUCAUAGAGCCUGGUAGUGAGCAACUGAGCAGGUUCCUUUUUUUGAUGAUACACUGUAUAUGUUUUAUUUGAUCAUGGCUUUAAAUUAAAAGCUCAAUGGACAUAUAGAAAGAGCCAAACGGUUAAGGACAGGAGCAUUUACAUAAAGAUUUGACACUGAAGAGACCUGAUUCGUCAUGUAGAGUCACCACUGGACUCUGUCAAACAGUGGAGAACAAGCAGCAUCAUCCGCCUGCUGCAUAUUCAACAAAAUGUUUUGUUUUGCCAUGAUGACUAGACUGGCUUGUUAACUCUGAAUCAGUCCGCGCAUUCAUGCUUUUAUCUAAAAAAGGAAGUUGAUUUGUUUUCAGUUGCCGAUAGGAGCAUGCUGGCCAGUCAUGUACCUCUUAUUUAUAUUUAUUUAUAUAUAUAUAUAUAUAUACAUAUAUAUAUAUAUAUAUGUGUGUGUAUAUAUAUAUAUAUAGUCUCAGUACUGACGAAGACCGAGCCUGCUGCUCAUGGUAUCAGAAACCUCACUUAUGAUCCAUUCUUGCCGGUUUAAAUGAAGGAACCAUUAUUGGGCAUCUGACAAAACUGGCAGCCUUAAAAGCUUCCUAAUUUAUUGCAGUGUUUUUCAGACAAAUUUUGUUUUCUUUCUUUUUUUUACAAGCAAAAAUAUUUAAAUUGAAAUAAGUGCAUAUCAAGAUAAAGAUCAUUGUAAAUAUUGUUGUGUGUAGUGUUUUAGAAAAUCUAUAAGGUCUUAAAUUUACUACAGAUGGUAGCAUAAAGAACAAGGAUUUGAAGUCGAUUGGCUGGUAAAAGGUGCCAUUUAAGUGCUAAAGUGAAGCUUACAGAGAGACAGCAAUGUUUUUACAUCACUGCUUCCCGGCACACCCCUUUUUUUUUUUUUUUUUUUAAA